AACCCAAAAGUACAAUUUGGCUUUCGCCGAAGCCAAAAAUCUUCACUUGCUUCUUCUUCUCUCUAAAACCUUAUCUUCUCCGCCCAUGGCCGCCUUCUCCGUCAACGGGCAGCUUAUCCCGACGGCAACUAGCUCCACCGCUUCCACCUCUCUCUCUUCUCGUCGGAAAUUUCUAUCUCCUUCCUCGUCUCGCCUCCCUCGCAUCUCCUCACCAUCUCCUCGCGUUCCAUCGAUAAAAUGCAGCAGUAGCUUACCUAACCGAGAUACAGAGACUUCCUCAAAGGAUUCUCUCCUUAAAAACCUAGCUAAACCUCUAGCCGUAGCCUCAGUCUCCUCCGCUGCGUCAUUCUUUCUAUUCCGAAUCUCGAAUCUUCCGUCGGUUCUGACCGGUGGCGGUGGAGGAGGAGGAGAUGGGAAUUCCGGUGGAUUUGGUGGUGGAGGCGGUGGUGGAGAUGGAAAUGAUGGUGGAUUUUGGGGGAAAUUGUUUGCUCCUGCUCCGGCGGUUGCUGAUGAAGAACAAUCACCGGAUUGGGAUUCUCAUGGUUUACCGGCGAAUAUCGUUGUGCAAUUGAACAAGCUCAGUGGUUUCAAGAAGUAUAAGGUCUCUGAUAUUAUGUUCUUUGAUCGACGGAGACAAACCACAAUUGGUACUGAAGAUUCCUUCUUCGAGAUGGUCUCGAUUCGUCCUGGUGGAGUUUACACUAAAGCUCAAUUGCAGAAGGAGCUUGAAACCCUAGCUACUUGUGGAAUGUUUGAGAAAGUUGAUUUGGAAGGGAAAACGAAACCUGAUGGAACCCUAGGUGUUACAAUCUCCUUUGCUGAGAGUACAUGGCAAUCUGCUGAUAGGUUUAGAUGUAUCAACGUUGGGUUAAUGGUGCAGUCGAAACCGAUUGAGAUGGAUUCAGAUAUGACUGAUAAAGAGAAGCUUGAGUAUUACAGGAGCUUGGAGAAGGAUUACAAGAGGAGAAUUGAUAGGGCACGGCCUUGUUUGUUGCCUGCACCUGUGUAUGGUGAGGUUAUGCAGAUGUUGAGGGACCAAGGGAAAGUGAGUGCCAGGCUUUUGCAAAGGAUUAGGGACCGUGUUCAGAAAUGGUACCAUGAUGAAGGGUAUGCUUGUGCUCAAGUUGUGAAUUUUGGGAAUUUGAAUACUAAGGAGGUUGUUUGUGAAGUUGUGGAAGGUGAUAUAACUCAGCUGGUUAUUCAGUUUCAAGAUAAGCUUGGUAAUGUGGUUGAAGGUAACACUCAAGUUCCUGUGGUGCGCAGGGAAUUGCCUAAACAGCUUCGCCAAGGCUAUGUUUUCAACAUUGAAGCUGGGAAACAAGCUCUUAGGAACAUCAACUCAUUGGGGCUGUUCUCUAACAUUGAAGUCAAUCCACGCCCAGAUGAGAAAAAUGAAGGGGGCAUUAUUGUUGAGAUCAAGCUUAAGGAGCUAGAACAGAAGUCAGCUGAAGUCAGUACAGAAUGGAGUAUUGUUCCUGGGCGUGGAGGAGCUCCCACACUGGCUUCAUUCCAGCCAGGUGGGUCUGUUACUUUCGAGCAUCGAAACCUCCAGGGUCUUAAUAGGUCUCUCAUGGGUUCAGUGACCACUAGCAACUUCUUGAAUCCUCAGGAUGAUCUUUCAUUUAAGCUUGAGUAUGUGCACCCGUAUCUGGAUGGUGUUUACAAUCCUCGGAAUCGAACAUUCAAAACGAGCUGCUUCAACAGCCGCAAACUUAGCCCAGUAUUCACUGGAGGACCCGGUGUUGAGGAAGUGCCACCAAUUUGGGUUGAUCGAGCUGGUGUGAAAGCUAAUAUAACUGAGAACUUCACCCGUCAGAGUAAGUUUACAUAUGGACUUGUGAUGGAGGAGAUAACAACCCGAGAUGAAAGCAGUCACAUUGCUGCAAAUGGUCAGAGACUACUACCUAGCGGUGGAAUCAGUGCUGAUGGACCUCCAACAACUCUCAGCGGUACUGGUAUUGAUCGAAUGGCUUUUCUACAAGCCAACAUCACCCGUGACACUACCAAAUUUGUUAAUGGGGCAGUUGUUGGACAGAGGACUGUCUUUCAGGUUGAUCAGGGACUGGGUAUUGGGAGCAAAUUCCCGUUCUUCAACCGCCACCAGUUAACCAUGACAAGAUUCAUUCAGCUGCGGGAAGUAGAAGAAGGGGCUGGUAAGUCACCACCACCGGUUCUAGUCCUCCAUGGGCAUUACGGAGGCUGCGUUGGCGACCUUCCAAGCUACGAUGCUUUUGUCCUUGGUGGUCCGUACUCUGUCCGUGGCUACAACAUGGGAGAGCUCGGCGCUGCUAGAAACAUUGCCGAGGUGGGUGCUGAGAUCAGAAUACCUGUGAAGAACACUCAUGUCUACGCCUUUGUUGAGCAUGGAAAUGAUUUAGGAAGCUCAAAGGACGUGAAGGGAAACCCUACAGCAGUCUACAGGAGAACGGGGCAGGGUUCAUCCUACGGUGCAGGUGUGAAACUCGGUUUGGUCCGAGCUGAGUAUGCUAUAGAUCACAACAACGGAACUGAUGCUAUCACUGGGUUCGUUUUGAAAAAGAUCGGUGGCUAUCUUAUCAAUGAAGUGUCGAUGUUGAUUGGAGUCAAAGACGAUCUAGAGGAGCUGAAGACGGAGUUGACGUGCAUCCAUGGUUAUCUUAAGGAUGUUGAAGCUCGAGAAAGAGAAGAGGAGGUCUCAAAAGAGUGGACAAAACUUGUUUUAGAUAUCGCCUAUGACAUCGAGGAUGUUUUGGACACCUAUUUCUUGAAAGUUGAAGAAAGAUCACAGAGACGAGGCUUGUCGAGAUUGACCAACAAAAUAGGCAAGACAAAAGAUGCGUACAGCAUAGGUUGUGAUAUCAGAAUCCUCAAGAGAAGAAUCUUGGAUAUCACUCGCCAGAGGGAGACUUAUGGUAUAGGAGGCUUAAAAGAGCCUCAAGGAGGAGGGAAUAUUUCAAGCUUGAGAGUUAGGCAGCUUGGGCGUGCUCGAUCUGUUGAUCAGGAAGAGUUAGUAGUUGGUUUGGAAGAUGAUGCUAAGAUUCUUUUGGCAAAGCUUCUUGGUGAUAAUAAGGAGGACAAGAGGCAUAUUAUCUCCAUCUUCGGUAUGGGAGGUCUCGGAAAAACUGCACUUGCCAGGAAGCUUUACAACUCAGGGGAUGUGAAGAGAAGAUUUGAUUGCCGUGCGUGGACCUAUGUUUCUCAAGAGUAUAAAACUGGAGAUAUACUUAUGAGAAUCAUUAGAUCUUUGGGAAUGACUUCAGGGGAAGAGUUGGAGAAGAUCAUAAAGUUUGCAGAGGAGGAACUUGAAGUUUACCUUCACGGUCUUCUAGAAGGGAAAAAGUAUUUGGUGGUCGUGGAUGAUAUAUGGGAGCAAGAAGCGUGGGAGAGCUUGAAGAGAGCGUUACCGUACAAUCAAGGAGGAAGUAGAGUCAUCAUCACUACGCGUAUCAGAGCACUAGCUGAAGGCGUGGAUGGGACAGUCUACGCCCAUAAGUUAAGCUUCCCGUACGACAGAAGUGUAAACAAACGGAUGCGAUCCUUCUUAAUCAUCGGAGAACGAGGGGGUAUUGUCCAGACCACAAACUUGAAACUGAAGCUACUUCGAGUGCUAGAUAUUGGAAGGCUUUCUUUUUAUAGUGAGUUUUAUACCCAUACGACUUUACCAGAUGUGAUCGGGGAUUUAAUCCACCUGAGGUAUCUAGGGAUCGGUGAUAUAGAUGUCAGCAUUUUACCAGCUUCCAUCUCCAAUUUACGGUCUCUACAGACACUAAAUGCAUCAGGCCAUAAGCUCUUCCAGGACACGACCGAUCUAAGUAAUAUUACAACACUGAGGCAUGUCAUUGGAAAAUUUGUGGGAGAAUGUCUAAUAGGCGACGGAGUAAACCUUCAGACCUUGAGGUCUAUCUCUUCCUACAGCUGGAGCAAGCUGAACCAUGAGUUACUCAUAAAUCUUCGGGACUUGGAGAUCUACGACGACUCUAACUGGGUAGACCAGAGAACAGUUUCGUUAGACUUGGUUUCCUUCUCUAAAUUGAAAAAUCUCCGUGUCCUCAAGCUCGAAAUGAGAAACUUCAAGUUAUCGUCGAAAUCAAAAACGACAAUUGGGUUAGUGGAUGUGAACUUUCCCACUCUUGAGUCUCUGACACUUGUCGGAAUAACUUUCGAGGAAGACUCAAUGUCUGCUUUGCAGAUAUUACCUAGACUGGAAGAUCUGGUCUUGAAAGAUUGUAGUUACUCGGGAGGGAAGAUCAUGAGCAUCAGUGCACAGGGUUUUGGUCGGUUGAGGAAUCUUGAAAUGUUCAUGGAAAGUUUUGAUGAGUUGCGGAUUGAAGAAGAGGCCAUGCCUACAAAAGAUGAUGAAGAAACGAGAUUGCUUGCAGGAGAAGAAAGGAAAAUAGUUGAGGUUGUCACAAGAAUAGAUGGACGUACACUUAAAGAUCCAUCAACUCGAUCCUGUUGCAAUGGUAGAUGCGAUCACGGAGUUCGUUGUGGGAAAGAUCGGCAGCUAUCUCAUCGAAGAAGAGCCAAUGCUGAUUGGAGUCAAAGAAGAUCUAGAGGAGCUAAAGACAGAGUUGACGUAAUGACGUGCAUCCAAGUUUAUCUCAAGGAUGUUGAAGCUUGUGACAGAGAAGAUGAGGUCUCAAAAGAGUGGACAAAACUGGUUUUAGACAUCGCUUAUGAUGUCGAAGAUGUUUUGGACAUCUAUUUUCUGAAACUCGAAAAAAGACCACAAAGGCGAGGCCUCAAGAGAUGGACGACCAACAUAACAGGCGAGAAGAAGGAUGCGUACAACAUAGUUGAUGAUAUCAGAACCCUCAAACGAAGAAUGUUGGAUGUUAUUCGCAAGCGGGAGAUGUAUGGCAUAGGAAACUUUAGUGAGCAUCGAGCAGUAGCGACUACUUCAAGGGUGAUGGAGCUUCGGUGUCCUCGAUCUGAUGAUCAGGAAGAGCGUGUAGUUGAUUUGGAAGAUGAUGCUAAGGUUCUUUUGACAAAUCUUCUUGACGAUGAUGGGGAUAACAAGACAUAUAUGAUCUCCAUAUUCGGCAUGGGAGGUCUCCGAAACACUGCUCUUGCGAGGAAGCUUUAUAACUCUAGCUAUGUGAAGGAAAGAUUUGAAUAUCGCGUAUGGACUUAUGUUUCUCGAGAAUGUAAAACAGGAGAUAUUCUUAAGAGAAUCAUAAGAUCAUUGGGAGAAACAUCUGAGGUAGAGCUUGAAAAGAUGGCGGAGGAGGAGUUAGAAGUUUACCUUAAUGAUAUUUUACAAGGAAAAAAAUAUCUGGUGGUGGUAGAUGAUAUAUGGGAGAGAGAAGCGUGGGAGAGCUUGAAGAGAGCUUUACCUUGCAACUAUGAAGGACGCAGAGUCAUCAUCACUACACGUAUUAGAGCCGUGGCUGAAGGCGCAGACCAAAGAGUCUACACCCAUAACAUAAGGUUCUUAACGUUUGAAGAAAGCUGGAACUUGUUUGAGAAGAAAGCAUUUAGAGAUAUCGUAAAGGUCGAUCAAGAACUGCAGAAAAACGGAAAAGAAAUGGUUCAAAAAUGCGGUGGAUUACCGCUUACAACAGUCGUUCUUGCUGGGCUAAUGUCUAGGAAGAGGCCGAACGAGUGGAAAGAUGUGUGGGACAAUUUGCGCGUAAAGGAUGAUCACAUUCAUGUCUCCACUUUGUUUGAUCUAAGCUUCAAGGAGAUGCGAAAUGAGUUAAAACUCUGCUUUCUAUACCUUAGCGUCUUCCCAGAGGACUAUGAGAUCGACGUAGAGAAAUUGAUACAAUUACUUGUAGCAGAGGGGUUUAUACAAGAUGACAAAGAGAUGAUGAUGGAAGAUGUGGCACGGUAUUAUAUCGAAGAACUGAUUGAUAGAAGUUUAGUGGAAGUCAGGGAAGUGGUUCACCAUCUUAUGGACAACAACUACUUGUGCGACAGACGUGUGAACAAACAAAUGCGAUCCUUCUUGUUUUUCGGUGAAUGGAGAAGCGACAUUACUUACGUUGAAACCAUUACUUUGAAACUGAAGUUACUUCGAGUGCUUAAUCUUGGAGGACUUCAUUUUAUCUGUCAAGGAUAUAGCCCUUGGAGUUUACCAGAUGUGAUCGGAGGUUUAGUCCACUUGAGGUACCUUGGGAUCGCCGAUACCGUUGUGAACAAUUUACCAGAUUUCAUCUCCAACUUACGGUUUCUACAGACACUAGAUGCAUCAGGCAACUCCUUCGAGCGAAAUACUGAUCUAAGUAAGCUCAUAUCACUAAGGCAUCUCAUUGGAAGAUUCAUCGGAGAAUUGCUAAUAGGCGACGCGGUGAACCUUCAGACCUUGAAAUCUAUCUCCUCCUACAGCUGGAGCAAACUAAAGCAUGAGUUACUCAUAAAUCUUCGGGACUUGGAGAUCUACGAGUUCCACAUAUUGAACGACCAAAUAAGAGUUCCUUUAGACUUAGUUUCCUUAUCGAAACUGAAAAAUCUUCGUGUCUUGAAGAUUGAAGUAGUGACCUUCAGCUUAUUUUCCGAAGAAACAGUUCGGUUCGAACUCCUUGUUGAGUUGACACUGCAUUGCAACAUAACAAGACUUCCAAGAGACAUGGAUUUGAUCUUUCCCAGUCUUGAGUCCCUUACACUUAUAGUAAAUCUCCAAAAAGACCCAAUGCCUGCUCUACAAAAACUACAACGUCUAGAAGAUCUGGUCUUGUAUUCUUGUGGCUACCCGGGAGCGAAAAUGUGCAUCAACGCACAAGGUUUUUGUCGGCUGAGGAAACUUGAAUUGAUCGUAAAAAGAUUAGAUGAGUUGGAGAUUGAAGAAGAAGCCAUGCCAAAUUUGGUGGAGUUAAAUCUUGACAAUAGAGAUGGAGCUACAAAGCUGAUGAUUCCUGAUCGAUUGCGAGCGUUUCUUUGAGACUACUACAGUAGCUGGAAAACAAUGGUGGAGCAACGAAGUUGAUGAUUCUAGAUUGUUUGCAAGCUUUUGUUUUAGACGUAUCAACUUGUUUCAUUAGUAAACACAGUUUGUGAUUUUUAAGAAAGUUUCUUCGGCUAU